GAUGAAGAGACACUUGAUAUUCCUCCAAUCUAUGGUCCAUAUUUUUAUGGCUAAGGGAACCAAUCGAAUUUCCGAAUUGCUCCAGAAUUUGGCCCAAUUGGGAAACACCGAACUCUCUAUCAUUACAGAUUUCCCCAUCAGCCAGCAAUUUCACGCUUUGCGGGAGUUGAAUAGCCUAGACACGCCCCAUUAUUCCUAUUCCGUCAAGGAAUUGAGAAGAAAACAAUUGGAUCUCCCGGUGGAACCAUGUCCAAUUUUUGGCGAAGGACAUGGAAUAGCCAAGAAUAUAACUCAUCACGAUGAAGAGCAAUCUGAAGAGAUCUCUCACAGCUUGUUUAAUUCGUCGAUCAAGUGGGGAGAUGAGGACAAACCAAAGAUAGACCAUUCUAGUCUUCAAGGCAAGGAUGACGAAGUUGGAACCGUUCGUUAUACUCGAGAUAUGCAUUACAAACGAAGACCAUUCUUUCCCUGGAACAAGUUUCAUCGUUCCAUUUUCGUGUGGGUGACAAAGCCAGACAGUCUGCGCGAGGUCCUAAAGAUGUUUGAUGCAACGAUUAUGCAUUGCAAGCAGAAAAUAGAACCAGGCAUAUUCAACACCCAGACCCGAUUCUAUUUCUACUUGGAAUCUUAUGAUUUAGUACAAGACCUCUUUAGUCACGACAAACUUCGUCGAUUGCCUCGGGUUGCAGCUAUUCUCGAUACGGAAGGAUUCAAAGGCGAGAAAUUCACUUUCCACAACUACGAUUUCUUUCACGAUGGUCGUGGAACAACUAAUAUUACGAUGUCCUACGUUUGGUCCCCGCAACGAAGGAUCGAUCAGGUUGCCGAUGUUUUUACGAAUCUUUCCGAUUUUCAUGAGCAUCAUUUCACCAUCGCUACGAAUCCUUGGUCACACCACGUGUUAGCGGAUGAGAUCCCAGAGGAUGAAGGUGGAACACCAACCAACAAGUACCGUAACUAUUGGGGCUACGAGAUAGACCUCCUGGAAUUCACAGCUCGAGUACUGAACUUCCAAUAUACUCUGGUGAACCCGGCUGAUGGGAAUUGGGGACACAUUGAAAUGGAUGGAACUUGGUCUGGAUUGGUGGCCGAGGCGGCCAUGGGAUCCGUUGAUUUUGUCAUCUGUGACAUGUUCAUCGUCUACGGAAGAGUUCAGGUGUUUGAUGCCACCAUUCCUUUUGAUUUGGAUUUCAUGGCAUUCGUCACCCCUAAUCCCCAUCCAGUACCUAAAUGGCUGUCCUUACUUCGCCCAUUUCAGCCUUUGGUUUGGACAUUAUUCGGGCUUUCUGUUCUGGUAAUAGGGCUCAUUUUCUGGGGCACCGCCAUAAUUGAAGGAUAUCAUGUUGGAGACCACUUCCAAGAAUGGGCUAUAUUGAAAGAUUCAUUUUGGUACGCAUAUGGCACAUUGGUGGGAGAAUCCAUCACUCGGGACACAAGAUCUCAAAAUGCUCCUGCUCUUAGAUUUUUGAUUGGAACUUGGGUCAUCUUUUGCAUGAUUGCCACGUACAGCUACGGCGGGAGCGUUAAAUCGUUCAUGACCAAUCCUUUAUUUACCCAACCUAUCAGGACCCUGGAGGAAUUGAUUGACAGUGGAUUACCAUGGGGUAUGGUUCUUUACGGUGAGGAAGAAGAGGAAAUGAUGGCCGAAAGCACUGACCCUGUCAUUCAAGUGAUCUGGAGGGACAAAAUUGUAACUGAGUACUCCCAGGUACCCCAAAUCGAGGGUGUGUACCUAGGGAAAAAGGCGUUCAUUGACUGGAAAUCUGGUUUGGAACCGGCUAUCUUUGUCCGCUAUUCCAACCCAGAUGGAACGCCUCUAAUUUACAAGUCUCCUAACCCGGUGUUUAUGCCCAACUUGCCAGGAUGGGCAUUUUAUACAUUCAAUCCCGUCCGACCACGAUUCGACGAAACCAUCCAAAGAGCCAUAGAAGCGGGAUUGAUCGACUUUUGGAAGUUCAGAACCUGGUACCGAAUGAAAGAGAAGUCUAGACUAGAUGGAGUGGAACCCAUUCGAAUCGAAAAACGGGCAAACAUCCGUUCCUUGAGUUUGGAUGACCUGCAAGGCGUAUUCUAUUUGGUCCUAUUAGCUUUACUCGGCUCUGUGUUGACAUUGAUGCUGGAACUGCUCAAGAAGUAUUGUGGCCAGUCGCAACGAUCAUUUGUGGCAGGACCCCCAAAUUGGCUCCACAAGGCAACAAACGAGAAAAUUGAGCACGAACCUGUGUUUAAAUACAUGUAUUAUUGAGAACCACAUUUAUUGCAUUUGAACAAUCGCAUCUGAUCACAGCCAUAGUUAUCACAGUGGAGUUUCUGGAUUAAUAAUAAAUCAUUAGUAAAACUUGUG